UUAGUUUUAACAGUUCAUCAAACUUUAAGUGUUUCAAAUUCUGAAUUUUUCUUUAUUCGAUAGUUGUUUGAUAGUUGUUCGAUAGUUGCUAAGUUUGUAAGAAAGUAUGACAACUGUUCGAAGACAUUCGUUUUCAUCGUGGGAAAGUGUUCGAUGGAAUAUCGACAAAAACAAAAUAACCGUUACGCCUUUACAAAGUUCGCUGUUCAAAAGUUCAUCUAAAUCUCGCAUUAUAAAACGUCCUGUUUGGAAUUCCAGCACAAAAUUUGGAAAAAUGAGUAGCAGUCAAAAUUCAAUUGAUCUUAAUAUAUCUGCUUCAAUUCUAAACUCUACUCUUAAGUCAGGUUCAAAUCAAAUAGAUGAAAACGACGAUAUACCUGGGAUUCAAAUUUAUAAUUUAUGGAGAGAAGUAUUAUCAAAAGAUAAGAUGUCAUCCGAUAUUGCGUGGAAUCGUUGCAGAAGACUAGCUUACGAUGCUUUAGAUUUAUUUACACAACGGAUAGAAGGAUUAGAGAACAUUUUGAAAGGAGAUGUCUCUAAUUUUAAAAUAUUAGAACUUGAUAGCGUUUUAGAAAAAAAAAAUGAACUUGACGCAGCUCUUUUUGAGCUUGAAGAUUUGGAUAUAGAAAUGAAGCAGGUCUCUAAAGCAUUUCAAACCGUUGCACAGUGCUUACCGCCGUGCGCUACUAGAGAAACUAUUAAAGAAACAAUGAAGGAGUCGCGUCUUAGAUAUUUUCGUUUAUUGAAUAAUUUAUCACACAAAAAAGAAAUUUUUCGUUCGUUAGAUCCUUUGUUACGUCAAUAUAAAGAACUUCAUUUAUUAAUUAUUUGUUGGCUUGAUGAUGCUGAGAAACGUUGUCAGUUUUUUAUUGGAGAUUACAACAAUCAUGAUCUCAUAAUGGAGAAUGAAGAAACUAUUGAGAAUACUUAUGCCGAACUAAGCUCACAAAAAGAUACAUAUGAAAACUUUUUGGAAGCAGGUGAAAGUUUGUGCGACUUAAUUUUUGAUCAACCAAUGACUGAUAUAAAAGAAACACUCAGCUCUAUUACAAAUAGGUGGGACCUUUUAUGCAGUAAUCUAGAGAAAUGUUUAAAUCGACUUGAAAUCGCUAAGGAGUUAGCUCUAAAAAGCAAGAAAGGUGAUAUAGAAAAAAUUGAAAACCAGAUUAGAUGUGAAGAACGUAGAUGUACUUGUCAUACUCCCUUUCAAAUUAAAAGAUUUGGUGAAGGAAAGUAUAAAUUUGGAAAUUCUAAAAUAAUACGACUUGUUCGUAUUCAUGGAAGUAGUAUUGUUGUGCGAGUUGGUGGUGGAUGGGAAUUUUUAUAUGAAUUUCUAUUAAAAGCUGAUCCAUGUAGAGCGCAACAGUUAGCGGAAAAUAGUAAUCUAAGUACACUCGAUCUCUCCGGACUUGACUUAAAUCCAAUUGAUAAUAAAACUAACUCUGAGUUCACCUUCACUGUUCGACGUUUUUCACUUAGUAAUUAUUCUCCUCAACAUCGUCUGCACACCCGACCUGUAAUAAAUGGAAGUUUAGAUAGUGCGAACUCUAGUGAUAACGGUUGUGAUGAAUCUAAUGAUUCGUUAUCUUUUCCAAAUAACAAUAAUUUUUCAACUCCAAAACCUCGUCCAAAAUCAUUUAUUAGUACUUCCUUAACCGUUCCUCUUCGUAAACAAAGCAUCAAUAAAAAAAUAUCGAAGUCAAAUGAAAAUUUAACAAGAAGGUUAAGUCUCAUUGAACGACAAAUUGAUUUUGCAGAAAAGCAAAAAAAGAAAAAAGAAAAAAAGCUCUGAGAAAGUUCUGAUCUAUGUUCCCUAACCUGUAACAUCAACAGAACACAAUUUGUUUCAGAAACUUAAUUGGUAGGGAUCGACGUUUGGAUAAGAGUAAAAGUUGUGCGGAACAACGCGAAAAAAUUUUUUUAUUCCGAUUUUCGGGAAAGACAUAUUCUAGAAAAAAAAAAAUUAAUUCCAACACUUUCGGAAAUUUCUAGAAUUUUUCGGUUUACUACGUUCAAUUCGAGAAAUAUUAACAAUAAGUUUAUGAAUUUCGAUAAAUUAUUGCCUUUUGUCGUAAAGCCUUUUUUUUUUCAUACACAUAUUUUUUGAAAAAGUUGUUAAGGAAGAAGG